AUGGCAAGUUUAGCGCUUGAGCCUGCUCCAGAUGCGAUGUGUCAUGUGAAGAUGGUGUUGCGGAUGCCGGAUGGACAACAUACGCGUCGGUUUUUGCAUUCGUCGCAGCUUGAAAGCGUGUUUGAGUUCGUCGAAGCACUUACUGGCGAUGAAGCACGGCAUUUUCAGCUGGUAGCGACAUAUCCUCGUCGGGUCUUUGGUUUUGAGUCUGUAAAGAAGUCGUUGCAAGAGCUUGGAUUGAACACUCGUCAAGAAACGCUUUUCGUUGAGCGAGUGGUUGAAUCCGUGCCUGACAUUGAUGAGAUAGAAGAGUCUGAUGGGGAGACACCAGAUGAUUGUAACGAACUACCGGACGCAUGGAAAGUAGCUCGACAAAUAUUAGAAAAGCGGCUUGAUGAAAGCAUGAACUCUACUAUUUCUCCUGCAAUACAUGCUAUGGAACCGAUCAUGCCCGUAGCACAGUCUGCUGAUCAAGAGAUGAAGUGGCAAGCUCAAUUGAAUGAACUGGACGAGAUGGGGUUUUCCAAUCGAUCGCUUAAUAUUGAGAUUCUUGAGCGUUAUCAAGGUCGAUUGCUUCGUGUGGUGAAUUUUUUGUCCGAAAUGGGUGCAGCCUUUGAUAGCAGUAAUGGAGCCACAGUAGAAUACUAA